CGAACCACAUUUUGGAUAAGAAACCAAUCCGUAAACAAAGAAACAACAACUUCUUUUUGUUGAAAAAAACAGAAGGAAAAUGUCUGCAGCAGCAAAUGCAAAGCUGCUAAUUCAUGUUUCAAACCCAGUUAUUAAUAGGCAGCAGCAGCAGCAGCCUUCUUCACUUCUUAAUUCUUUGUUCAAUCAUCGACGUCGAAACUUCCACCACCAACAAACUUCUUCUUCUUCUAGGAGCAGCAGCUGCAUCAAAGCUUCGGGAUUGAAUCGUCGCGAGUUCAUUUCGGACACCGCGAAUGCUGCUGCCGCGCUUUCGCUAGCUCCAUUGGUUGGUAGUAUCUCACCUUCUGCUGCUAAAGCUGCGGAUGGUCUUUCUGAAUGGGAAAGAGUUUAUCUUCCCAUUGAUCCUGGUGUUGUCCUUCUCGAUAUCGCUUUCGUCCCCGAUGAUCCUUCUCACGGUUUUUUAUUGGGGACAAGACAAACUCUAUUAGAGACUAAAGACGGGGGCAACACGUGGGUAUCCCGCUCAAUAUCUUCAGCUGAAGAUGAAGAUUUUAAUUACAGGUUUAAUGCCAUCAGUUUCAAAGGAAAAGAAGGCUGGAUUGUUGGAAAACCUGCCAUUCUGUUACACACAUCAGACAGCGGAGACAGUUGGGAGCGUAUACCAUUAAGUGCUGAACUCCCUGGUGACAUGGUGUAUAUAAAGGCAACUGGAGAUAAAAGUGCAGAGAUGGUAACAGAUGAAGGCGCUAUAUAUGUUACAUCAAACAGAGGUUACAACUGGAAAGCAGCGGUGCAAGAAACUGUUUCGGCUACUCUUAAUAGAACGGUUUCUAGUGGCAUUAGUGGGGCUAGUUACUAUACGGGUACCUUCAAUACUGUGAAUCGCUCCCCGGAAGGAAAUUAUGUUGCUGUUUCCAGUCGUGGUAACUUCUACUUGACUUGGGAGCCAGGGCAGCCCUACUGGCAACCCCAUAAUAGGUCAGUUGCAAGACGAAUCCAGAACAUGGGUUGGAGAGCGGAUGGUGGGCUUUGGCUACUCGUACGUGGUGGGGGUCUUUAUCUCAGCAAAGGCACAGGGAUAACUGAGGAGUUUGAAGAAAUUCCAGUACAGAGUCGUGGUUUUGGCAUUCUUGAUGUUGGUUACAAAUCAAAGGACGAAGCUUGGGCAGCUGGUGGAAGUGGAGUCCUUUUGAAAACAACCAAUAGUGGAAAGUCAUGGAGUCGUGACAAAGCAGCGGAUGAUAUUGCUGCUAAUCUGUACUCAGUAAAGUUUAUCAAUGAUAGACAAGGAUUCGUGCUAGGAAAUGAUGGUGUCUUGCUGAAGUAUCUUGGCUGAUUUCAUGGUUUUGGUGAAGCUUGUAAUUUUUGUAACAGGGAAAAGUAUGAUACAUAUGUGGGGUACCACAGAGAAAGUACGUUAAUUUAUAUCGAAUUUAUGAUGUAUUUAGUGAGCAACCCGAUUUGAUGUGAUUGUUUUGUUUGUGAAACCCUUGUAAAUGAAUUCAAGAAUGACACUUCAUACUUCUUCUUUUAUCGUUUUAAA